CGAUUGUCUAUAACUUGCAGUUUUCACAUCGCCACAUGAAUGCCCAACUCACUUCAGAGGAAUACCCGCGCUAUGGUCGUCAAAUGAUACUCGAUGGAUUUGGUCUUCCCGGCCAACUCAAACUAAAAAACGCGUCUGUGGCCGUGGUCGGAGCUGGAGGCUUGGGGUGCCCUGCCAUCCAGUAUCUGGCCGCAGCUGGUGUGGGCCGCAUAUGUGUGAUCGACCACGACGUAGUAGAAGUGUCCAAUCUCCAACGGCAGAUCCUCCACGAUGAUUCCACCGUUGGCAUCCACAAGUCAGAGUCAGCCGCUCGAGCCAUCGCAAGGUCUCUCCGAGUACUGAAAACUUCUCUCGCCUCUAUAAUGACCACGAAUCAAGGAUCAAUCCGAACGUUGUGGCCGAAGCAGUGUGCGUUGGCCUCCUACCCGACAACGCGGCAGACAUCCUUCGACCGCACGAUGUGAUUCUGGACUGUACAGACAAUGCAGCCACACGCUAUCUCUUAUCAGACGUCGCAGUCGCGCUCAAGAAGCCACUCGUUAGUGGAGCGGCUCAAAAGUACGAGGGCCAAUUGUCUAUUUAUAACCUCGGUGCAGAUGGCCCUUGCUAUCGAUGCAUCUUCCCUCGACCUCCAGCUCCGGGGCUUGUCGGAAGUUGCGAAGAGAUGGGCAUUCUCGGAGUCGUGACCGGGGUGAUUGGCAAUCUGCAAGCUCUCGAAACUAUCAAGUUGUUAACUGGCAUGCACGCCAUCCAUGGUCCUUUUUUCUGCGCUCGGAUCACCCCAAUUCCGAAGCAUCAAGAUGCGGUCUCGCAAGCCGAGCUGUCCAGCGUGCGGCACGGCUGAGGAGAAGAUCGGACAAAUUCGUGAGACUGAUUAUGUCCAAUUCUGUGGUGGGCCGGCGCCGGAUUGGGAGCGGCGGGGUCUUGUUCCAGGCGAUCCCGAGGACCGCGUUACUGUGCAGGACUUUGCCCAACUUCUGUCUUCAGGCGGUGAUAUAACGGUCGUCGACGUGAGAUCGCCGACAGAGUUUGGGAUAUGUUCUCUGCCUGGGUCUAAAAACAUCCCGUUGACGGAGCUGCUCGCUAGCCCCCCAGAGUCGUUGGCCGCUGAGGACAGCAUCUACUUUGUCUGUCGACUGGGGAAUGACUCUCAGCUUGCUGCAAGCAGCAUCAGGAAACACGUCAAGCCUGGUGCAAUAGUGAAAGACGUCGUAGGCGGACUACGAGCAUGGACACAGCACAUAGACUCGACAUUCCCGGCCUAUUGACGACGGAAUAGACCAUCAAAGAUUUGACGUUCAGACCAUCAGAGAUCGUCAAACUAAUACGAUGUUUAAUUGGAUUCCAAGUUUGUAUGAGACACCCAUGUGAGCUGCACAUUGCAAACUGUUCGUUUCACCGGCGAGGUGUACGUCCUCGUUUCGUU